UCGAUUUAUUUUGGCGGGGUUAAUAGUUGUCUGUUUAAACUAUUGGUCAUUAACAUGCAGCAGAAGGUCAAGAGACAGUGCAGCAAGGAAAGGGACCCUGCUGAGGCGCUUCCGUUGGUGGUAACUGGUGGAAGAAUUUCGUCGUCGUUUGGAGAUCCACUGCUGUGAAACUGCCGGUGCGUAUCUUGUAACAAAAUCAUGAAGCCGAAUCGCCAUCGGAUGAAAUUGAUGUCAUCACUGUUUUCCCCUGCAGUUGUCAUAAUCUUCAUUACCUUUCUUCAUUUUCCAUCAAAAGUCUCCGGACAUGGUCGUCUCAUCGAACCACCCUCUAGAUCCAGUAUGUGGAGAUUCGGUUUUAAGACAAAACCAAAUUACAAUGAUAAUGAGCUGUUCUGCGGAGGAUACACGGUGCAAUGGCAAAGAAAUGGCGGCCGAUGCGGUGUUUGCGGAGAUUCCUGGAAUUUACCUUCUCCAAGGCCUAAUGAAGCGGGUGGUGUUUAUGGCAGAGGAAUUAUUGUUCGAAAGUACAAACCAGGACAGGUAAUUAAAUCAACUGUAGAUAUAACUGCAAAUCACAUGGGCUUCUUCGAGUUCAAACUUUGCCCACACAACAAGCCAACAACAGUUGUUACUCAGGAAUGUUUGGACCAGUUUCUUCUGGAGUUAGCAGAUGGCUCAGGAACUAAAUAUUAUCCCUCAGCCGGCACGGGACCUUUUAGUGUGCAAUUAAGGUUGCCAAGUCGUGUGACGUGCAGUCAGUGCGUGUUUCAGUGGACCUACACUGCAGGAAACAACUGGGGAAGAUGUGAAAACGGAACGUCAAAAGUUGGCUGCGGACCACAAGAGACUUUCAGGGGUUGUGCAGAUGUUUCCAUUGAUGACUUUGAGAGCAAUGACAUUCCUUCUUACAAUGAAAGACCCUUUGAUAAGCCAUCCAUAUCUGCUAUUCCGACGAGGAGAACUACGUACAGACCUAGAACGUAUAAAACCAGACCAUCAACAUAUAAGCCCAGGACAACGUAUAAGCCAAGGUCAACGUAUAGGCCUCGAGCCAGACCUUCAUAUGCUCCAUCCCGAAAACCUUACUACAAUCGUCAACCAUCCACACGAAGGACAACAACCACUAGGCGACCUAGACCAACAAGACCAACUCGUCGUUAUAACGCACCAAGCAGGCAGUACCCAACAAGAAGACCUAGGCCAACUCCGUACGCACCAAUAUACACUCCAAAGGUCACUCCAUAUAGACCAUUCUACACUAAAGCUCCAAUCACUAAGAAGCCAAGACCAACUUACAAACCUAAAAAUCCGCCAAGGAAGACGACGAACAUUGAAACUGAAGGUAACCAUAGUGGUGGAGGCUGUCGAGCAGUUGGUGUAUGGGCUUCAAUUGCUGGAAUUGCUAGUUGGUGUGAUUCGAAUUGUGCUAGAGGAUACUGUCCGUCAACUCACUGCGAUUGCAGUUAAAAAAAUCCCUUCAUACUGCUUAUACUUUUCAAUUGGAGAAACGUUUCUUCCUUUCGCUGUAAGGAACAAAAUAGAAUAUUUUUCAAGUUUUACUAAACUACAAUUUGAUCAUCAUCGUUGACUCUACAUUAUUUUAUGUAAGAGUAUUCAAUCCAAUUCUCUUCAGUCUAGGAAUAACUUCGAUAUAGUUUCCGACUCGGUCAUACAGCGAAUUUGAUAACAGAUUGGCGAGUUGGGAGCGAUUUCUACUACGUGACUGGUCGAAAACGACCAGGGGAGAAGUUCAUCCGGUAGAAGAAUCACCCUUUUUGGGUUAUGAAAACGUACCUUUAUUUUAAAAUCUUAAUCGAAAACGAGAAUUACUUUCAAUCUCAAGUAAACUUCAGUCAUUUAGCCCUUCAUACUAAUUGGCGAAUACUAUUUUCUCUUGGAUCUAGAAGAAAUCUAAAAAUUGUUUAAUUUAUAGUACAUGUAUUAAAACAUAUUUUAAUAUAGUACAUAUAUUAAGAUUUUUGAAACAAAUUUGUAAAUAUAUUUGAAAAUUUAUUGACAUUUUUCAAUAUUUUAUCACAUUGAUAAUUGAACGGAAAAUUAAACAUUUUCUUACUGUCUCAACUUGAAGAAAAUUUCAAUCAUAACGAA